AUGCUAUAUUCGCCCGCAUCUCUCUCGAGUAGUGAAUCUUACUCAUCAUGUGUUUUAAAUUUGGGCAUCCAGCAGUCAUUAGCACGAGGGAAUAAUCUAUCUAUCUAUCUCAGUCUGUUAUCUAUCUAUCUAUCUAUCUAUCUAUCUAUCUAUCUCAGUCUGUUCUUUAUCUAUCUAUCUAUCUAUCUAUCUAUCUAUCUAUCUAUCUAUCUAUCUAUCUAUCUCUCAGUCUGUUCUUUUUAUCUAUCUAUCUAUCUAUAUCUAUCUAUAUCUAUCUAUCUAUCUAUCUAUCUAUCUAUCUAUCUAUCUAUCUAUCUAAGUCUGCUCUUAUUUAUCGCAGUUGAUAUGUAUUAUAUUUCUUCUUCUUCUUCUUCUUCUUCUUCUUCUUCUUCUUCUUCUUCUUCUUCACCCAGUAUCUUCCUGUUUCCUUUCCCUUUCCUUUAUUCUUUAAUUUCCUUUUUCUUCGUUGUCUUUUCGCAUUAUUUUAUUAUUUCUCUCUUUCUUUCUCUACUUUUAUUUCUUAUCAUUUUCCCUUUCACUCAUUCUUCUUCUUCUUCUUCUUCUUCUUCUUCUUCUUCUUCUUCUUCUUCUUCAAUAUACCAUGUCCCUUCGGGCCUUUUUUUUUUCUGCCUGUCUCUCCUCACAUUUUUCUCUCUUUCUCUGUGUUUUCCUGUCUUGUUAGUUGAUUUAUUUAUUUUCCUUUCUUUCUUUCUUUCUUUUCUUUCUUUCUUUCUUUCUUUCUUUUUUCUCGUCAUAUCCUUUUCUUUUAUUCCUUUCAUUUUCUUUCUAUAUUUUGGCUUUAUUCUUUUCUCUUUCUAUUUGUCAGGAAAAUCGGAAUUUUUGAUUGUCUUUCUCUCUUUCCAAUUUUCUUUGUUUCUUUUUGCUUCUUUCUUUUUCUCAUUUUCCUUCUGGUGA